AUCACAACAAACAAAAACAAAAACAAAAACAUUUAACAUCAUGAACCAAUUCGAAGUACUUCAAGACGACAGAAGCUCCGACCGUCUGAGAGACAUUGUUGAAGACAAAGCUUCUCACUCUCACAGUAGAGUGAAUGACACUGCCAAGGAUACUAAGGACAAGGCAUGGGAUAUCUCUCAAAAUGCUGCUCAACAAACUAAGGAUUCUGCCAACGCCGCUGGAUCCAAGGUUCAAGAGCAAACUGAGAAUGCCAAGGACCAAGCUGCUGACGCUUAUGACAAUGCUAAGCAAACGGCCCAAAAACACUCUCAAAAUGCCUAUGAUGCCGCUGCUGAUACUUAUGACAGUGCCAAGCAAAAGGCUCAAGAAACUACUGAGAAUGCUCAAUCCAAGGCCCAAGACACCUACGACAGUGCCAAACAAAAGGCCCUGGACACCUAUGACAAUGCUGCCGAAUCUUAUGAAAACAAUAAACAAGCAGCUCUGGAAUCUGCUCUGAGUGCUUAUGAUAAGGCUGCUGAAUCUGCUCUGAACGCUUAUGACAACGCUGCCGAAACUGCCCUGAAUGCAUAUGACAAGACUGCCGAAACUUCCCAGAAUCUUACUGAAGGAAUCAAGAAUGUUGCUCAAUCCGUGUAUGAUAGCGGAAGAGAGGCUUUGAAGAAUGCUGGUGAUUACCUUUAUGACACUGCUGGUCAAGCCAGAGAUACUUCUGACAAGGCUUACGACAAUGCUUAUGAUAAAACUGCUGGUUUCGCGGAAGAUGCUCAGAAAAAGACUCAAGAUGCUAGUGAUACCGUGAAAGGUUCUGUUAACGGAGCCAGAGAUGCUGUGUAUGAACAUACAGACUACAAGAAGCCUGAUAAUGCUUGUUAGAUAUGAGUCUUUAGUUGUUGCCUCUUUUUUUUUUUUUUUAAUUCUAUUUGAAUUUUAAUGAAAACAAAAAAAAAUCUACUCUACUCUAUGAAUAGUUAGAAAUAUGAAUAUAUGAUGGCCAUC